UCCGACGUCGCUGGUCCAGUUUGGUCUAGCUACAGUCAGAGUAAGAGAGGAGCAGAGCUGCGACUACAACUCUACUCACUGUUUCACCACACCGGGAGGACUGAUUCACCUGCACACGUCAGGACCAGUCCUAAAAGAUCCAGGGACUUCAAGUCAAGUCUCAUCUGGAUUUCGUCGUCAUCAUCAUCAUCAUCCAUUAAGUCUUCUCUCCGCGGAGGUCAGUCCAGUGUUUCAAGCUGGACGCAGGAGAGACGAGUGGGGCCGAGGGCCCAGCCUUCGUGCUUAGACACAGAACUCCAAACCUUGUUGAACACACGACAGAUAGCACGCCUACAGAUCCCAUGAGCCCAAGGGAGAAAGCAGACACGCCCACUUCAGGUUCUCCAACCAGUCACCUCAGCACCUCAGAGUCAAACUCACACAAUGGGAGGGUCCCAGAGUGCAGCGAGGAGAGAAGAAAAAAUGAAGAGGAUGACAGAGGAAGAGAAGGGGAGGAGAAGGAGGAAGAGGAGGAGAGGAGCAGUGACGAAGGUUUCAUGGGAAUGACUCCGCUGCUGCAAGCUCACCAUGCCAUGGAGAGGAUGGAGGAGUUUGUACACAAGGUGUGGGAGGGCCGGUGGCGCGUCAUACCUCACGACGUGCUCCCCGAUUGGCUGAAGGACAACGACUUCCUGCUUCAUGGCCACAGGCCGCCCAUGCCUUCGUUCCGCGCCUGCUUCAAGAGCAUCUUCAGAAUCCACACAGAGACGGGAAACAUCUGGACACAUCUGCUAGGCUGUUUGUUUUUCCUCUGUCUGGGUCUCAUGUACAUGUUCAGGCCCAACAUGUCUUUCGUGGCUCCGGUCCAGGAGAAGGUGGUGAUCGGGAUGUUUUUCCUGGGCGCCAUCCUCUGCCUCUCGUUCUCCUGGCUCUUCCACACAGUUUACUGCCACUCUGAGGGCGUCUCCAGAGUCUUCUCCAAGUUGGACUACAGUGGGAUCGCCUUCCUGAUCAUGGGCUCGUUCGUCCCCUGGUUGUAUUACUCCUUCUACUGCUCCCCUCAGCCCUGCUUCAUCUACUUGAUAGUGGUAUGCAUAUUGGGAUUGGCCGCCAUCACCGUCUCCCAGUGUGACUUCUUCGCCACGCCGCAGUACAGAGGAGUCAGAGCAGGCGUGUUUGUGGGUCUGGGUCUGAGCGGCGUGGUUCCCAGCCUGCACUUUGUCAUCAGCGAGGGUCUGAUCAAAGCGACCACCAUGGGUCAGAUGGGCUGGCUGCUGCUUAUGGCGACGCUCUACAUCACGGGAGCCUGUCUGUACGCCGCUCGCAUCCCCGAGAGGUUCUUCCCUGGCAAGUGUGACAUCUGGUUCCACUCCCACCAGCUGUUCCACAUCUUGGUGGUCGCAGGAGCUUUUGUUCAUUUCCACGGCGUCUCGAACCUGCAGGAGUUUCGCCACCAGGCUGGAGGGGGCUGCGCCGAGGACGGCACUCUCUAACGCACACGAACUGACUCAGUCAUGUACACACACACAUCUUAUGGGGAGGCACUGGUUCUUAUAUUAUGCACAGAAUUACACACACACACACACACACACACACACACACACAAACACACAAAAUCUGAGAUAUUCUCCCACUAAACUGAAGACUGAUGUGGCUUGUGUGGUGUCUGUGUGCGUAAUAGACAGUGUGGCCUCCAAAGGGGCGCAUUAAAACUGACUGACGAGGGUCUUUGUUCUCUUCGUCCCUCUGUCUGGCUAUCUGUCUGUCGACCUCCACCUCUUCUGGCUCUGUUGCUUCUUCUAUAAAACCACUCCAAGAUGGUGUGUUUUAUAAACCAGUUUUUGAGACUCUGCUUUCUCCAGGAAAUAUCUCUGUUUGUUUGUGAGGGAGGCAAGGUGUUUAAAACAACCUUUCAUUAAUGCUACAUUUUCUUCUGUGUUGAGUUCUGACAUUUAAGAGUUUUGGGGUUUGAUUUGAAAAAGGAAGCAUUAUUGUGGCUUUAAAAAAGACAUUUUGAGGUGUUUUUUGCUGAUGCUGUUUUUCUAAAUCACACUUUAAGAGCGUAAGAAUACGAUAAAAAGAAAAGAUUUGAGUGGAUUUCUUCCAUGAUUGUGAAGGUUGCAGGGUGAGAUGUUGGAAACUGGGGUGGGCAAGUGGUGAAUAGUCACUUUUAAAAGUACAAAAAAAAAAUGUUUUCCAUGUAAAUAAGAUUUCUAAAUUUUGGGUUAUAGAUUUGUAUGAAAUAUAUAUAAAAAAAAAAAAAAAUGUUAUCAUACGAUGGCAGGAAUAAAUAAAUAUGUUACAUGAUGAAUCAAUUAAAGAUGAGGAAGAGAGGUUUUGUAUCUUCACUGGCUCUUACAUUGAAGUGCAUUGAAUAAUACAAUAUAACUGCGGUUGGUGGGAAACACUUCAAGUAGCCUUUAAAUGCAAGGAUGAAAUGGUAGAGGCAGGAAAUAUACAGCACAACAUCUGAAUCUUAUUUAACAAACAGCGAUUUCAAAAGUGGUGUUUUGUCGCCAGUUUAGGUUGAACGCGACAACUUUUCUGUCCCUAAAAACCUCGAAAUAUAAACUAGGAGACAUCUGAACGACUGUCCUCUACUCAGUACUUUCCACUUUUGUGUUGACCCUGCACCCUUGUGUUUGUCAGGCAUCACAUAGCCGGAGAACAGAUCUCAAAUCAGGCCUUAUGAAUAAAACGUUCCCAUGCGAACAUUUGUGCUUAAAACCAAAUCUAAGUCAAAACUAUGAUAUAAAGAGUCCUAUUGAUAUGUAGCCAUUCUUCUUAUUGUAAAUUGUCUGAUAUGUUGAAAGAUAAUUUCCAUGACACCAAAAUAAGUUGAUUCUUUUCUAUGAUAUGCCCUGAAAUGAUUUGUUAAAACAUAUCAAGCAUAACGUGAAGAUAUUUUUUAUAACAAGGCCCCAGAUUCAUAUUUAUGAUUUUUGUAAAACUGCAGUAUAAUUACAAUAGAUAUGCAGUUCAUUGUCGUCCUCCUUUUGGAUACUCUGUCUGAAAACAUGUUUUUCUUUUUGAUUGGAUUGCAUUUUAAUUUAUCCACUAUAGUUUUGGGUAUUAUUAUUGCAAGCUUUGUUUUCUCCUUUUUUUCCUUCUUUUCUACUAUUUAUCACUGGUUUCUUGCAUUGAGCCAGAAAUCAUGUGAGUACUAAGUAUCUCUCGCCCUAAAAAUGUCAAAAAAACAAGUCUCCUCUAAAGAUCUGAUACAGUUAACUACUUAACUACAUGAACUGCCUCAUAUAUGGAGACUUGGCGAUUAAAACAAGGGGAACCUUUUAAAAAUUGUGUUUUCUGGCAAUACGAAAAUCUCGCUCCAGCACAAUAGAAACACACAAAACACAACAAUUCUGAGCUUAUCAUGAACUGUAUGUCUAUGAUAGUUUGAAAUUGAGGUUUGCACGUUUCUAUUUGAUGGCAGCUUUUUCUGAGCAGUAAUUUGAACACAAUUUCGAAUUUUUUCUUUUCUAUUUUCUAUUUUCUAUUUUUCAUUUUCUGUUUUAUUUUAUCUAGUUUAUUAAUUUAUUUCUCUUGGUGAGCGCAAAUUGUCUGUUGCAGCACACGUUCCAUUAUGAUGGGAUGAGUGGUUGAUUGCAAUAGACCUUUAUAUCUGCUGUA